GACUUUUAUCCUCUGUGACUUGAGGGAAAUAUCGUCACCCCUGGCGCGGAGGGACUCAUCAUAAAUAUAUAUCUUGACACCAUCCAAGGCCUUGUGACGUUAAACUACAACCAUCGUUCCCACCGUCUGCUUCAUCCAGCCCCUCAAGUCUUGCUCAUCAGCCACCUCAACUCUGUGCUGCUUUUGUCUUUCUUUUUACUGGCAACAAAUAUAGAUAAGAGAAAAUGUCUUUUGAGCGACUUGUCCGGUUUAUUGCCAAGGGCAGCAGUGAUGCCGUCGUUAUUGGCGAGCCCCUGGACUCCAACGUAGACGUCGGCGCAGCCCUUCGUCUGGGGCAGGAGGUCAAGGUCAAGGUCUUCAGCGGCUCGUCCGUUCUUGACCCAGGCUCCCCGACGGACAAAGUUGAUAUCAUUGACCGGGUGUUGUCCCCCCUCACCGAGGAGGAGGUGGGCACGAUUCGAUGUAUCGGUCUGAACUACAAGGGCCAUGCACAGGAGGUCGGCAUGGCAUUGCCUGAUAUACCCAUCAUCUUUCUAAAACCUCAUACAUCUCUAGCCGACCCCUGGCCUGCCCCGACUGUGAUCCCCAAGCACACGCUCAAGGACGACUGCGCUGAUUACGAAUCCGAGCUUGCCGUGGUCAUCGGGAAGACAUGCAAGAACGUCAGCAAGGAGGAGGCCAUGGACUAUGUGCUCGGCUAUACGGCCUCCAAUGACAUCUCGAGCCGCGUGAGCCAGCUCAACCAAAGCCAAUGGUGUUUCUCCAAGGGCUUCGACAAGGCGUGCCCCAUCGGUCCGACAUUGGUGUCGUCCAAGCUGAUCAAGGACCCGUCCAAGUUGAAGAUGAGGGGUCUCCUGAACGGCAAGGUCGUGCAGGAGAGCGGGCUUGACGAUCUCAUCUUUGACGUACCUACCCUGGUCAGUUAUUGCUCGCAGGGAACUACACUGCCUCCCGGAACCAUCAUAAUUACCGGCACACCUGCGGGUAUCGGCUGGGGCCGCAAUCCUAAGUUGACACUGCACGGCGGUGACGAGUUUGUCGUGGAGAUACUGCCUCACAUUGGGAGUCUGCACAACGUGAUGGAGGAAGAAAAGUGAUUUCGUCUUGUGGAUGGGCUCUGAUCCUCGCAACGUAUUCACGCCAAUGGUACUAUCUAGACAAGAUCUCUAUACACAAGAGUUACAACAACACCCUUCUGGGUCUAUUCUACGCAUGUCCUCUAUGCGUUGAGCCUCCUCAGCGCGGCAGAAUGGCUAUCGCCUGUGACUACUGACAAAAAGCAUCGUCGUAACUCGCCCCUCUCAUCAACUGACAGAGCAUAAAUCCAGGCAUCCUCAGGCCUAUCCGUUCUGGCCGAGAAUUUUGCGCAAAUGAUCCUUCGCAUAUUCCACAACUGCGUCCGGUCCCUGUUCAACACGUAGACCCUGCGGAACAGACAUCGUCUUUAGAUCUGGAACUACCUCUUUUGCAAUCGCGACGAUACGAUGUGCUUCAUCCGGCGACCACAUUGAUGCCGUGAUUAGAAUGUCUGGCUUAUACACCUCCACAAUGCCCCUGACCUCGUCGAUUUCUAGACUCAUUUCAGUCU